AUGGCGACUCGUCUGGCCCCGCGUUCUUCCACCGAAAGUGUAAUCGAGAAAAUGUCCAAGCAACAGAUUAGUGCCUAUAACAUGUCUUUUCGCGUCCCGACCUCCUUGGACGCCCUUCCUCUAGUACCUGCAUUACAGUCCGAUUGCAUCAAACUCGCUGCGAGUUUACCCCCUCUACCGGCCCUUCCACCUACCAUCUAUCCUCAGGAGGGCAGCCCAUACGUGCCACCGCGGUGGCGCUAUGGGUACGUCUAUUCGAUCGAGCUUGCCCUGGAAGCAAACAUGGCGCGAGCACCAGAAAAAAAGAAAAUACCACCUGCCGCGUGUUUCGAGAAGAGAUGCGACAAAAGCGUCAACAUCGAAAGAGAGCGCGCGUAUCUUGCCAUACGCUGGGUCUUUAAUCGCGUCUCCGAGAUCCUCGAGCAUACAAACGAGGUCGCUCUCGUGCAAGUGUGGGACGAAGGCCGUCCGGCGCAGAUGCUGGCUUACGGAGACACUUGGGAUCUGGGUGAAGCGCCGUCGGACGAGCAGAUGGCCGAGAUCAGCCAUUUGUUGUUUGGGGAGUGGAAGGAGCCGAUGUGGUUUCUCUGUCGUCGACACUGUCUCUGGAGGGUGGCAAACUACUGA